UUGUCACGUGAGCCCGGGUGCCUCUCUCGCUGCUGCAGCCAUGAUGGAAGGGUUGGACGACGGCCCCGACUUCCUGUCAGAGGAGGACCGAGGACCGAGACCUGUGAUUGUAGAUCUCCAAACAGAUGCCAUUCUUCAGGUUGACAUUUCAGAUGCUCUUAGUGAGAGAGAUAAAGUGAAAUUUACAGUUCAUACAAAGAGCACCCUACCUAAUUUUAAACAGGAUGAAUUUUCUGUUGUCCGUCAACAUGAAGAAUUUGUCUGGCUUCACGAUGCUUUUGUUGAAAAUGAAGAGUAUGCUGGUUAUGUUAUCCCACCAGCACCUCCGAAGCCUGACUUUGAUGCUUCAAGAGAUAAAUUGCAGAAACUAGGCGAAGGAGAAGGAUCAAUGACCAAGGAAGAGUUCACAAAGAUGAAGCAAGAACUUGAAGCAGAAUACUUGGCUAUAUUUAAGAAAACUGUUGCCAUGCAUGAGGUCUUUUUGUGUCGUGUUGCUGCACAUCCAGUUCUUCGAAAUGACUUAAACUUCCAUAUCUUCUUGGAAUAUAAUCAAGAUCUGAGUAUUCGUGGGAAAAAUAAAAAGGAGAAAUUGGAAGAUUUCUUUAAGAACAUGGUAAAGACAGCUGAUGAAGUUCUUGUUGGAGGUGUUAAGGAUGUUGAUGAUUUCUUCGAACACGAGAAAACUUUUCUUCUUGAAUAUAAUAACAGAAUAAAGGAUGCAGCAGUCAAGGCUGACAAAUUGACAAAAUCACACAAGAAUGUGGCAGAUGACAAUAGUAGAAUUAGUUCAACAUUGCAUACACUAGGAACUCAAGACUCAACAGAUCUGUGCAAAUUUUUCUUGAAGGUAUCAGAAUUAUUUGAAAAAACAAGGAAAAUAGAAGCACGGGUGUCAGCAGAUGAAGAUCUAAAACUUUCUGAUCUUUUGAGGUAUUAUCUAAGGGAAUCACAAGCUGGUAAGGAUCUCCUUUAUAGACGAGCACGGUCACUAGUGGAUUAUGAAAAUGCAAACAAGCUACUGGAUAGAUCAAGAGCUAAAAACAAAGAUGUGCUUCAAGCUGAGACCAACCAGCAGUUAUGUUGUCAGAAAUACGAGAAACUUUCAGAGUCAGCAAAACAAGAGCUUAUAGACUUUAAAACUCGGAGAGUUGCAGCUUUUCGAAAAAAUCUUGUAGAAUUGGCAGAACUGGAACUAAAGCAUUCUAAGGGACACUUGCAGUUGCUGCAGAGCUGUCUUGUUGCACUUAAAGGUGACAACUAGCUGCUUUAUGAUUGUUGGAUUAACAAGGGCUGUAUGCACCAGGUCUAAAAGGAAAAAAAGCUUCUGUGGCUUCUUAAAGAAGAGGUACAGCUAGGAAGAUUCAUGUAUUUCAGAAGGAAACACCACCACUACAUCUGACCAGAAAAGAGAAACUUCAGUGCAGAAAAUCCAAUUCUGUGAUGCCAUAUAGCACGUCAUUCGUAUUUGUUUCUCCAGAAGCCAAAAUAUUUUCUCCAGUUGCUGUAUUUUGGAGACUAUUGUAUAUUUGGUUGCCAACUUAAUUCAUUUUUAAAAUAAUCAUUGGCUGAAUUACAAUUUUUUAAAAGAAAAUGUAUCAUUAGAUGUACUCAAUACUGUCACAUAAUGCAUUGUUUGACAUUUAGUGCUAUUCCAACAUCUUAAUGUGGCAUUUAGUUUU